AGUCUCUUCGAUCGCAACUUCCACACGUGUGUGGAGCAGUGGUAAACUUUCGAAGCUACACAACCGGUUUCACGUGAGACGUAAAACAUUGUAACGAGACUGUGCAAUUUUUAUGGUGGAUCUCAGGAGUUUUGAAAAUGGCAGAGAUAGUCCAACAGCGGCUAGAGGAUCGGAUCCCUGGACUGGAACAACUCGAAAGAGUCGGACUAUUCACGAAAAAAGAAGUGAGGUUAGUGAUAAAAAAAUCCACUGCCCUGGAGUACAAGCUGCACAGGCCGAUGCUAAGGAAAGAGGAUUUCAUCACGUACAUUGAGUAUGAGAUCGGUGUCUUGGAGCUGAUAAAGAAGAGAAGACUGCGCAUUGGCUACAACUUUAAGAAGGACGAGAUUGAGUUUCCCAUCAUGAGCAGAAUAAGCAGCGUUUUUAGGCGGGCAACAGCAAAGUGGAAGGAUGAUUUACAGCUUUGGCUGUCCCACGUUGCAUUCUGUAAGAAGUGGAAUAUGAAAACUCAGGUCAGCAAGGUGUUCUUGUCUCUACUGGCCAUCCAUCCAGACAAGCCAGCCUUAUGGAUCAUGGCUGCCAAGUGUGAGAUGGAAGACCGAAAUUCAUCUGAAAGUGCCAGGCACCUUUUCCUGCGGGCCCUGCGCUUUCACCCUAAAAACAAGAAAGUGUACCUGGAGUACUUUCGCAUGGAGCUCAUGCAUGCAGAGAAGCUGAGGAGACAGCAGAAGGAGUUGGAGCAGGCUGAGAUGGCCAUGGGCGAGUAUGAGUUCUCCAUGGAGAUCCUGAACGGCAAGCUAGCUGAAGUUGUGUACAAAGAAGCCACUGAGAAGAUAAAAGAUGCUGAGUUUGUGCUGUCCUUCCUCAACAUCGCUGCUCUCUUUGACUUCACAAAGGAGCUACAGGAGAUGAUCCUCCAGGAUCUACAGAAUAAGUAUGCAAAUGACCCCUUGACCUGGGACUACAUGGCCAAAUGUGAACUGGAGGCAGGUCUGGGAGCGGAAAUGGGAGCAGAACUGCAGAGCACCAAGGAAAAGGCAUCGGACACAGUCAGGAGAGAGGAGCGCAGCUGCCUGGUGUAUGAAGAGGGUCUGAAGAGCCUCCAAACAGAGGCUAUGUGGACCUGUUAUGCCACUUUCUGCUGGAAUAGGUUUAAGAGGAAAACCAAUGUCACUGAGCUGAAGGAAAAGAGGCAGGAGAGGCUGCUGACAGUAUUUCAGAGAGCCCAUGAUGCAUUGCUUCUUGAAGAGUCCUUCUACAAGAAAUGGGUCAAGGUCCUCCAGUCCACCGGUGAUGCUGAUGGUGCCACCAGAGUUGCCGUGGCAGCCACAAAGCGCUUCAGCCAAUCGGUGGAGACCUGGAGCUGCAGCCUGCAGACACUUAUGGAGCUGGGUAGUGCCAAUGUAGACGAGCUAUUCCAGGAAGCCCUGAAACACGUGAAUCCCAAGGAGAGCAUGGCGCUGUGGGUGCUGCAGUUGGAGUGGAGUGCAUCAACCCAGAGCCCCGAGGAGACGGAGGCCCUGUUCAAGAGAGGUUUAGCAUCCACAGUGCCUGCAGUCUCCAUGGAAGUGAAGAAGAAAUACCUUGACUGGUCUUACACAACGGGUGGAUACAAGAAGGCCAGACAGACUUUCAGAAGUUUGCAUGAACACCGGCCCUUUUCCAAGGAGUUUUUCCUCAGGAUGAUCCAGAUAGAAAAAGAACAGGAUUCUCUGAAGAUGAGCAACAUCAGAGAUUAUUAUGAGCGAGCUCUCCGAGAGUUUGGAUCGUCAGAUGAGGAUCUCUGGCUCGAUUACAUCAAGGAGGAGCGGGGUCCCCAUGGCCAGGCAGAGAAUUCUGGGUCAAUUCAUUGGCGGGCCAUGAAGAGCCUGGAGGGAGAGUGUGUAGAGCGUUUUGUGACUAAGUACACCCUCCUGCAGACUGGUCACAUAUAGACAAAACCCCUCUGUAAUCCUCCCCUAAGCAGCAGUUCCUCUCUUUCAACACUGUUUUCUGGUCCAACUUGUUCUGGUGAUUGUGCCACUGGGAGGAACUUGGCACCUCUCCCAUUCUCUUGUUUCUUAGUAAAUGUCUUUGGUUAGUUUUGGAUGUUCAAGAUUUUGACUUGAGUUCAACCCACAGUUUGUAAAUGGCGUUAUAGCUCUUUUUUUGCAAGAACACUUGCUUAUUCCAUUAAAACUUCAUUUACAAAUAUUUUCUCCCCAAAAAA